AUGGCUGCUGCGGCUGUCGUCUCUGCGCUCGUCGGUGCAGCCGGGCCGGCUUCCGCCGGCGGCUCCUGAGGGCUUGGCCGGGGGGUCGCGGACGGGCCGGGCGGGAGCCCUGGAAGCCCUGUGGCGCGCCGAUUAAGGAAAACCUAUAUCCUGCUUCUUUCUGUAAGCAGCAUCUAAUUGUGCAGAAGAUCAGUCAUGCAGCCGCCGCCACAGGCAGCCCCGUCAGGCAUGGUUGGGCCUCCUCCAGCUGGGACUCCUCAGAGCAUGUUCUGGUCCAACAGACCGUAUAGGAGACAGGCAAAUAAUAAUGCACCCGUAACUCCGAUCACCUGCCCGCUGCAGCCGGUGACGGAUCCGUUUGCUUUUAGUAGACAGGCGCUACAAAGUUCAUCCUUGGGUAGUUCGUCCAAAAGCAGCCCACCCCUUCCGCAAGGCCCGGCCCCUCCAACGUUCCUUCAGCACCCUGGUCUGUCUGUGGCUCACACGAAUGCUGGGGAUACUCCCCAAGGACCGAUGUCGCAGCCCAGAGCAGAUGGCAGUCUGUUUUCCGGUGUGCUGACCCCUUCAGCACCAUCAGAUCCCGAGGAGAACAGGAGUACCGCAGUGGUUCCCAGCUCAGAACCUGAAACUCAGACUCUGCCACAUCCUCAGUACGUUCCAGGAGCGGGUGUGGACAGCUCUCAUGGGGGCCAUCCGCACACGAACAUGCUUGGGCCCGAUAGGCCCCUGAGUAGGCAGAACCCACACGACAGUGCCACGGCAUCAGCACCAUCCCCUUUCUUCCCUCAGCCUCGUCAGCAAAUGCCAGGGCAGUGGGGACCAGGGCAGGGAGGCGCACAACCCUCAGGUCAACAUUAUUGGCCCCGCCCAGAAGGACCUAUUCAGAAUGCGCUGCCCCACGCCUCCAGCGUUUCUCACUUCCCUGCUCAGUCUACCCUGCAUCAUGGUCCCAGCCACGAGCAGCUCAACCCACUGGUGUCUUUGCCAGGACCCUUAGCCAGUGAUGGAAGCAACGAGGCAGCCUGCCUGCAAAGUGGAAACCGUUCAUCAAAUAACUUUGAUCCUGAAAAUGUGUUCAGGCAAAAUUCUAAAGCUGGGAAUACUCGGGCGAGCCAGGAGCUCAGGCCAAAUCCAGGAGUGAACAAAGAGCAGUUGCCGGACCUUGCUCUCGGUAAUCCCCUCACUCAGGGUAAUAGCCCAGAAAGCCAUUUGCACUGCCCCCCAGGGGCCGGGACCAGCCGAGCCGUGUCAGAAGUGGACUCCGGGGCUCUCUCUAUGUUUUUCCAAGGAGGGGAGACAGAAAAUGAGGAGAACCUCUCAUCCGAAAACACCGGCUCUGCUGGUCGAUCUGACUUUGGUGGCUUCUCCCCCAGCCCCGCACUUGGUCACCCUCCUGCACACGUGGGAGCAGGCGGCAUCUACCAGGCCUUUCCCAGAGGUUCCAACACAAGUGCUCCUGUGACCACGUGGGGCGGUGCACCCGGCACAGGGGUGCACACGACCAGCAGCUCACAGUCUGAGAAUGUAGAAGACCUUGAAUUCAUUCAGAAUCAGGAAGUUCUGCCAAGUGAGCCUCAGAGUUUGGACCUUUCCUCCCCCAGCGAUCAGGUCAGAUAUGGGCCCUUGUCCGGGCCAGCCGUUCCCAGGCUUGGCAUUGUGGGCCACUCUGGGGGUGGGGGCCCAAAUCUCGAGGCCCCAGAUUCAGCGCCGCACCCCGUGCAGUCUGAUGGUGUGUCAUCCGGUUACAGCGGCAAGAGCCACAGGAAUCUCCCGAGUGUAGCCAGGCCCCAAGAUGUAGGCACUUUCAUUCAGCAAGAAGUUGGAAAACCUGAAGAUGAGUCUCCAGGGAGUUUUUUUAAGCAAAUUGAUUCUUCUCCUGUGGGAGGAGAGACAGACGACACCACUGGGAACCAGAGUCACCACGGCAGCCUGUCCCAGCCCUCAACCCCAAGCCCCCCAAAACCCACUGGAAUAUUUCAGACAAGUGCAAAUAGUUCUUUUGAACCAGUGAAAUCCCACUUAGUUGGAGUCAAACCCAUCGAGGCCGAUCGCGCCAACAUGGUGGGUGAGGUGAGAGGGGCCGUUGCCCACCAGAAGCAGCGCAAACCCGCUGCUGCCCCACCUGACACCUCCCCCGGCAACCUGGAGCAGCCCCCGGACAACAUGGAGACCCUGUUCACGCUCCAGGCCUGUUCUCCCCCCUUUUCUGUACCUGCAGAGCCGGGGCACGGGCUCAUGCACACCGGGGGACCAUCCCUGGAAAUUCUGCCCCUGGCAGCCGAGAAAAGGCCUUUGGCCAGAGCCCAGGGGGUUGUGAAGUGUGAGAGCCCAGUGACGACGUUGUGGGCGCAGAACGAGUUGCCAGAUUUUGGAGGCAACGUCCUUCUAGCUCCAGCUGCUCCUGCGCUGCACGUGCCUGUGAAACCGCAGCCGUCGGAAGUGAUUCAGCCUCCGGAGGAGGGCGUAUCCGCUCUGCAGGCCCGGCAACCAGGCUCCAGCCUUCUGCGGAGUGGGGACAGCACUGGUGCUUCUGAGAACCUCGAGAACCCUCCCAAGAUGGGAGAAGAGGAGGCCCUCCCGUCCCAGGCAAGUUCUGGCUAUGCCAGUCUCUUAUCCUCGCCGCCCACUGAAUCUUUGCAGAACCCACCAGUCUUGAUUGCCCAGCCUGAUCGAAGCUAUAAUUUGGCUCAGCCCAUUAAUUUUUCUGUGUCCUUACCGAGUCCUAAUGAGAAGAAUCAGCCCUGGAGAGAUGCUUUGGUCGGGGAUAAACCCUUGGCAAGCAGCUGGGCUCUGGGGGGGGACUCUGGAGACAGCGCCCCUGUGUCUGGGAACACAGCCGGCCCUCUCACCCGCUUGCCUUUGCCUAACAGUUUUGCGCACAGUGGUUUUCCACAAGUUCCUGGUACUUCAGAAGUAGCUUCUAAUCAACCUGCUACUUUGCUGGUUCAGCCACCACCUCAUCCAGUUCCAAAGAACUUGGCUUCAGAAGGCCAAAAUACUGACAACGCAGAGAACGGUCUUCCCGAGUUGGUUAGUGGCCCUGCUGGAAGCACAGGCGUGACGUUGGUGCCGCCUGCGAACGCUGCCGCAGCACCUGCUGGUCAUAAGGCAGAUCGCGCCAGUCAGCGGGAAGAAACUUCUGGAGCCCUAGACUUCACACCCAGUAGGACUUUGGAAAGUCCUCUAAGAAUGUGUAGCCCACCCCAUUCUGACAGCUCCGCGUGGCAGCACGCCGCCGGCAGUCAGCCGAGGCCACCUGGGCCAGGGCCGCGUAACUCAGACCGUUUCUACCAACAGGUGAUGAAAGACACACAGGACCAGCGUGGCCUCGAGAGAGCCCAGCAGGAGCCAGCACCGCCUCCUCCACAAGGGCCCAAACCGACAUGUUCAGAACCUUCAGACCCGGGAAGUCCACCUGUGCAGGGACAGCCCCAAAACUCGGUCCCACCACCCCCAAGUCCAGCUCCGGCUGACACAGGUCAGCCGCUGCCACCCCGGCCGCCUCGGUCCUCCAGUGCAUCGGUCGCAUCCGCCAGCUCGAGCCAGGCAGCCGUGCGGUCGGACCAGCCCUGGCUGCAGCCGCCGCCUCCAGACUUGGCGUCCUACUACUGUUACAGACCGCCGUACGACGGCUACCAGUCCCAUUACCCCUCGCCGUACCCGCCGGAGCCUGGCGCGGCCCCCCUCUAUUACCAGGACAUCUACGGCCUGUAUGAGCCCAGGUACAGGUCCUACGACAGCACGGCGUCUGCCUAUGCUGAGAACUACCGCUACUCCGAGCCCGAGCGACCCAGCUCCCGAGCAAGUCUCUGCUCAGACCGGCCGCCUGCCAGGCAAGGGUACCUCGAAGGUUACUACGAUUCCAAAAGCGGAUGGAGCAGCCAGAGUGACCACUAUGCGGACUACUACUCCGGCCAGUACGAGUAUGGAGACCCAGGUCGCUGGGACCGGUACCACUAUGGUUCCAGAUUCAGGGAUCCCCGCACCUGUGACCGGAGGUAUUGGUAUGACGCUGAAUACGAUGCAUACAGGAAAGAGAACUAUGCUUACGUCGACAGGUCCGAGAGGUACGAUGACCCCUGGAGGUACGACCCUCGCUUCACGGGCAGUUUUGACGACGACCCCGAGCCCCACAGGGAUCCUUAUGGGGAAGAGGCGGACAGGCGCAGCGUGCACAGCGAGCGCUCGGCCCAGAGCCUGCGCAGUAGCUUCAGCUCCCACUCGCGUCAGAGUCAGAUUUACAGAAAUCACAGUGUGGCUGCCGCUCCCUAUGAGGUCCCACCUCCUCCCGGCUCCUUGCCUGGCGAUUAUGCCUACGGCGCCUACGGCAGCAAUUUUGGCAGUGCCCAGGGCUUCCCGGAGUACGGCUAUGCUGCCGAAGCGGGCUGGCCCACCACAGAGCAAGCUCCUUCGAGACCAACUUCUCCGGAGAAGUUCUCAGUGCCUCACGUCUGUGCCAGGUUCGGGCCUGGGGGUCAGCUCAUCAAAGUGAUCCCGAAUCUGCCCUCGGAAGGACAGCCUGCAUUGGUUGAAAUUCACAGCAUGGAGACCUUGCUGCAGCACACGCCGGAGCAGGAGGAGCUGCGCUCAUUCCCGGGCCCGCUCGGCAAGGAUGAUACCCAUAAAGCGGAUGUUAUUAACUUUGCACAGAGCAAAGCAACAAACUGUUUGCAGAACCAGAGUUUAAUUGACAAAGAGUCUGCGAGUCUCCUUUGGAAUUUCAUUGUUCUCUUGUGCAGACAGAACGGGACCGUGGUGGGAACAGACCUCGCUGAGCUUUUGUUACGAGACCACAAAACCGUGUGGCUUCCUGGGAAGUCACCCAACGAGGCCAACCUGAUUGAUUUUACUAACGAGGCUGUGGAGCAGGUAGAGGAAGAGGAGUCCGGGGAGGCCCAGCUCUCGUUUCUCACCGACAACCAGGCUGCUGGCAGCAACACCCUCGAGAAGGAGACGGAGAGAUUCCGGGAGCUGCUGCUGUACGGCCGCAAGAAGGAUGCUUUAGAGUCUGCGAUGAAAAAUGCCUUAUGGGGUCACGCUCUGCUGCUUGCAAGUAAGAUGGACAGCCGGACACACGCCCGCGUCAUGACCAGGUUCGCCAACAGUCUUCCAAUCAAUGACCCUUUGCAGACAGUGUACCAGCUGAUGUCAGGGCGGAUGCCUGCUGCGUCCACGUGUUGUGGAGACGAGAAGUGGGGUGAUUGGAGGCCGCAUCUUGCUAUGGUUUUGUCCAAUCUGAGCAGCAACGUGGAUGUGGAGUCCAGGGCCAUGGCCACCAUGGGCGACACUCUGGCUUCCAAAGGUCUCUUAGAUGCCGCACACUUCUGCUACCUCAUGGCCCAGGUCGGAUUGGGGGUUUACACAAAGAAAACAACAAAACUUGUCUUAAUUGGAUCGAACCACAGUUUGCCAUUUUUAAAGUUUGCAACCAAUGAAGCUAUCCAGAGGACAGAAGCCUACGAGUACGCCCAGUCUCUCGGCGCGCAGACCUGUUCCUUCCCCAAUUUCCAGGUAUUCAAGUUCAUCUACUCCUGCCGCCUGGCUGAAAUGGGGCUGGCCACGCAGGCCUUCCACUACUGCGAGGUGAUCGCCAGGAGCGUCCUGCUGCAGCCGCACAAGCACUCGCCCGUGCUCAUCAGCCAGCUGGCUCAGGUCGCAUCCCAGCUGCGGCUCUUUGACCCGCAGCUCCGAGAGAAGCCCGAGCAGGAGGCCUUCGUGGAGCCGGCCUGGUUGGUGCAGCUGCAGCACGUGGACAGGCAGCUCAAGGAGGGCGCCGCGGUAUGGAGUCGGGACGGGACCUUCCCCCAGCGCUGUCCCAGCACCCCGAGCUCUGAGGCAGGCCCGUGUGAUGGGCUGGCACUCGGCCCGCCAGGGGGCCUGGGCGCCGGCAAUCCGCUGCUGGCGCCGCCUGUGCCCAGCGCUGAGCACCUCGGCCAGGGGGUGCGGCUGCUGCCUUCAGCUCCGCCGACGCUCCCCGACAGCCAGCCGGCCCUCCCCGCCAGGGUGCCAUUGUUCCCGGUCCCCCCAGCCACGGGCCCCCUUGAGCUGGGGCCCGGCUGUGGACCCCCGGCGGCUGUCUUUGGCUUUCCAGAGCCCUCUGGGUCUGACCCUGCGGCUCUGUACACGGGGCCUGGCCUGCCCCCUUGCGCACCGUCUCUGCCGGAAAGUGAGCACGCGCCCCAGGAGGCCAGGAGCCAGGACCCAGGGGCAAUGCUACCAGAGGCACUGGGUAGGAGCUCACUUCUGGAGCUGAGAGAAGAGGGUUUCGGUGGAAAAUUUGCUAACCUGGGCUCCUCCGGCGCGUCCCAGGACUCCGACGCACCCCCGGCGGGGGAGAGUGCUAGCUCCAGUGCUCUGCAGCCGCCCACGCCGGCUCCAGAAGUGAAGAGACCAGCACCGGCAAACAGAAAAGACACCAGGGAGCCCAAGAAGAGCGGCGAAUCCUGGUUCUCCCGUUGGCUGCCGGGGAAAAGGAGGACAGAAGCUUAUUUGCCGGACGACAAGAACAAAUCAAUCGUCUGGGAUGAGAAGAGGAACCGGUGGGUGGACGUAAACGAGCCGGAGGAGGAGAGGAAGGCUCCGCCGCCCCCACCCAUCUCGCUCCCCAAGGCUCCGCUUGCUGCGCCCCCUGGUCCUGGAGGGCCCCCGAGGGCCUCUGUGAACAUGUUCUCUAGGAAAGCAGCUGGAGCCAGAGCACGCUAUGUGGAUGUGUUGAACCCCGGGGGGCCCCAGCGGAGCGAGCCGGCUCUGGCUCCUGCGGAGUUUUUUGCCCCCCUGGCCCCGCUCCCGAUUCCUGCACACGUGUUCGGACCGAAUCCAGAUGCAGAGGAAGUGCCCCCUGCAGGGGGGGUCAGCAGGGAAGGGCAGGUGCCUGCCGGCGGUCCGGCCAACGCUGAGCCGGCCUCAGAGCCCCAGGCGUUCAGCUCUGCCACUUCGCUCGCUGGCCCCGAGCUCCCACCCGCCGGCGAGGACGGCUCCCGCGGAGGAGAGCUUUCACGCUGUAGUUCACUGAGUUCAUUGUCACGUGAAGUAAGCCAGCAUUUUUAUCAGGUACCUGUGCCUGGCGGUUCUCACUGGACACGCGUUGAACUGGGUCGCCUUUGUGUCCCCUCUGAGCGCACUGUGCUGGCUGGCCACCGUGCCCGUGUCACUAACGCGACCCGCUGCCUCCCCACCCACCACACACCGGAGGAUGUAGUGUUCCUUUCUCCCCAGGACCUCGGGGGGUCGGGAGCUGUCCUGAUGCACAACACUGGGAGCGGGUCCCCAGGAGUGUGUUCACAAAGGGAGCGAGCGCAGCGCUGUCGCGGCGGUGCUGACACGGCUCUCUGUGGUUCUCAGGCUCCCAGUGACCACCCCGGGGCAGCCGCGCCUUUCUACAGCCCCGCUCCCUUUGCACAGGCCUCGGCCCCCUCCGGAGGCUCCAGGAUGGGGAGGAUUGGCCAGAGGAAGUACCCAGCGUUGAGCUAGAAGAGUCCCCACCCUGGAGUAACAUCUGGAACCCUGAAGCCAUCAUUCUGCUCCAGCAAGAACUCAGAUGGAUUGCCGGCACCGUCCCCGCGUCCCCAAAUGGGCACGCAGUGAUGCCACGUGAUCGAACCUGUUCUUCCGCCGCCGUCUCUGAAGGGUGGCCGGAGGCAGGUGCGCAGCCCCUGGAAGGCGCUGGCUGGAGCGGGGGCGCUCUUGGCUCCUUCAUUCCCCAAUGGUGAUUUAAGGGUAAAACUGUCUGUCCUGGAAGAGUGUUGUGCCGGGUGAGGCUGGAGGCUUCAUUGCUGCAAGAAGAUCUCGCUCUUGAGGAACCCAGGUGUCUCUGCAAACCUAACCGUGCUGCCCCCCAACCCCCACGGGGUCCUUUAAAAUGCCGAGUGAAGAGCGAGCCUUGGGCCCAGGAGAGGCCCCACCGCCUUCCUGGUGGCCAUGGAGGUCCUUUCUGCAUCAAAGUCCCCGAGGAGCUGUGGACUCGGUGGCAAGAAUUCGGUUAGCUUUCGAGAGAGGCCCGAGUCGCUGAAGCACAUCUCCGCCGGGUGGCAAAGAUGUUUCCAGCUUCUUUUGUGCCCUGUGCGAGCCAGGGGCCCGGCUUUGCCUGUCCAUGGGGGGGCAGCCCUGCAGCUGUGCCCCCCGCGGACUGGCCGCCAUCGGUCCACGUUACUGAAACUCACUGUGACAAGUUGGACGGGGCGUUCUCCAGUCUGUGACAAGCCUGACGAGACACCUCGAGGGGCCACGGUGCUCUCUGUGUCACCGUCGGCGCUGUGCUCUGUCCUGACUGGUCUUCACGGUGCCGUCCAGUUGCCUUGCUUUCUCUCACCUGGUUGCCGUCCUCUCAGGGUGGGGACAUCUGGAAGAGAGGGCAGGACGGGCUGUUGACACGCACGCUGAGUCCAAGGCUCUGUUCUUCCUGCACCAGAUCUGCAGGUGGCGUGCGGCCCGCCAGCCGCAGGGAACCCCAGAGGGGACCCUCCCCACCGGACUCCGAGCUUUACGGCUUCAUCGACUGUUCAGAAAAUUCCUCUCUCGUUCUUGUUAGGUCUGAAGAGACUACAGAAAAGAUUUAAGUAUUUAUAAGAAUCAUUAGAAAAUAAUUUCUGUAGGUUCCCCAGGGAGCGUAGUUUGCUUGGGGUCUUAAAUCUAAAUGCAGAAAUGGUCUAACUAUGGAAUCCGUGCAGGCUUCCUGUUUCCUCCCGGCCCUGGGUCAUCUCGGAAGGGCCGUGGAAGUUGUCCCAUGGUGUCGCCCACACGCACGUCUGGGUGCAUUUGUUCACUUGGAGAGAGGCCGGGACUGGUUGACGGGGCAGCAGCCUCUUGUGUCCCUUGGUCCGCGCUCAGUGGGGGUCCUGGGAUCCCAGACCCUCCUGGCGCCAUGCCCCUGGCUUCCUCCGCUUGGCCUGCCCACUGUUGCCCGCACCGGCUGCCAGCGACUUUUGAUUCAAGAAGCUCCCUGCGAGGCCAGGCGGGAGCUGCUAUUUUUCCUAAAUGCAAAUUGUUACACUGCAAAUUGGUAAAUAAAGUAUUUUGCGCUCGCAA